AGUUCUCCCGGUGACCUCGACAGAAAUCCUUGAGAAGAAGGGUAAAAAAAUCACAAAAGGGGCCAGAGGCUUCUCUGGGCCUCACAGCAAAAACACUGUGAAACACUGUUAAUGCUUUCUUUGGUGACAUGUAUCGGGCGAGACACAUUUGUAUUUCUCUGCUUCUAGGUGCAUAUGCUGGAGUACUGAAGCGAACUCUACACCUGAAUCUUUAAUGAACAUCAUCAAACGCUUGUGAGAGAAGUACAUCAGCACUGUACUCUGCAUCCAGGGAUCCUGACUCCUCUACAACUGGGCAGCCCUCACAAGACCCCACACACAGUGAACCUAGAGUCUUAUGGGGCACCUGGAGUGGCAGAGGAUUCUCUGGGUCCCUGCUCAGUGAGGCUACGUGGAGCUCAGUGGGUGCAAACACUUGAAUUGUAGCUGCAGGCGGAGGAAUAUCAGGUGCAUCUCUACGCCCUGAGGGCUCAACUCCUACACUUAAAUCCCUCCCACUGGAACAGCCGGCUCCAGUUUCACCGAGCCAGCGAGCCAGCGUGAGAACAGAUCCUGCUCCUCAGCCCUCAGCACCUUGCACAGAAGAAGGACUCCACAUCCCAGCACUGCCCACCUUCGAUGUAGGUGCCAGACGGAAGGAACUUUCCUUGUUAGGCCCUCAGCACAUGGAGCUGGCUUCAAAUAAAGUACUAAGAGCAAGAAAGAAGACAGUACUCACCUCCUUCAAAGCCACCACAUCCUGGUCAAAGAAGAGACAGCAGUGACCACACACUGAGCAGACCAGAGUCCAAACACAAAGGAUAAUGAGCCUCCUAAAGGAACGGAAACCAAAAAAGCCACACUAUAUUCCACGGCCCCCAGGAAAGCCCUUCAAGUACAAAUGCUUCCAGUGUCCUUUUACAUGCAAUGAGAAGUCGCAUCUUUUCAAUCACAUGAAGUACGGUCUCUGUAAAAACUCCAUUACUUUAGUGUCAGAGCAAGAUCGUAUUCCCAAGUGUCCCAAAUCUAGCUCGCUGGACCCUAAGCAGACCCACCAGCCAGAGCCCACCUCAAAGCCGGCCAUUUCCAAGUCUCUCCUAAAUGGACUCUCCAGCUUUGAUCCAAAGUCUCAACAGGGCUCUGCAAAGGAGGAUGCCAAAGAGAACCUAGAAAUGCAGGCUCGGGGAGCCCACAAGGGUCCCCAGAAACCAGCCCUACAGAAAGAAAUGACACCAGAAGCCAUUCUCAGCACCCAGCCCAGCCUCGACAAUGGGGUUAGACCUUCAGCAUUUGUUCCAGUUGGGGAGCACAGACUUAGGGGGCCAGAAGACACAGAGGCUCCUGAAAUGCUGGCAUUAACCAACUCUACCACCAAAGCCACCUCAUUCCAUGCCAAGUCUGCAUUCCAUACUCCUGGUUAUCCCUGGAAAGCUGGCUCCCCAUUCCUCCCUCCUGAGUUUCCACAUAAAAUCCCACCUACAAAGGGGUUUGGUGCCAUCUCCCCCUAUAUGCAUCCUGCAAUCCCGGAGUACCCCCCUCCCUUCUACACAGAGCAUGGGCUGGCUGCCCUCUACUCCCCCUACCUCCUGACUGGGAACACACCCGAGUGUGAGACCACUUUGCUGUCUGUCUAUGGAGCCCAAGACCAAAGACACUUCCUGUCUCAUCCUGGGCCAAUCCCCAAACACUUGAGUACAUCUCCAUCAGCCUACGACCACUACAGGUUUUUCCAGCAAUAUCACUCUAACCUGCAAAUCCCUUACGGAUUUUACAGACCAGAGUCUGCAUUUCCUUCCUACAGUCUCAGGCUCCCAUCAGUCACUGGCAUCACACGAGAUCAGAACCCUCGCUUGCUUGAAGAUGCAGCCCUGGCUUACCCAGCCUCCAGUCCCACAGAGUUAAACCUUUCAAACUCCCACAGGAAACACACAGAGUUUGAGAAGGAAAGUCCAGUUCCUGAGGCAAAAGAUCCUUCUACAGAUGGGCAAAGAGAUGCAGAAGAGGCCAAAAUGAGCCCCCGAGCAGGGAGCGCUGCCACAGGCUCUCCAGGAAGGCCAAGCCCCACCAACUUCACCCAAACAAGCCAAACAUUCGAAGGCCUGUGUGACCUCUCAAACAAAGCGGCCUCCUCGGGGGCCCUGGAGCGACUCCAGCAGCCUGAGCAGAGCCCCACCGCCUUCAAACCUGUCCAGAGGGGCUCAGAAAGUCCUCACUCCCAACCGCCUGCAAGCAGAACAGAGUCUCCAAAAAGCCUUCAGGCCGUGAACAGUGACCCUCCGGCCCAGACAGGGAGCAGUACCUCUUUCAUCACGGAGGCCCCACCCUCCAGCCCAGAGGACCACUCCAGAAUAGGCCCCCUCAAUCUCUCCAAGAAGCCGGAAACAAACCCUGCAGCCACUUAUGGACCCAUGUAUGCAAGCAAUGCCCAGGCAGACCCUCUGGGCUUCUCAGGGCUGCAGGACCUGCCACUCAAUCUGUCUGUAAAGGAUCCCUGUAAUGCCUGGGCUCCAAGGCCUGCCCUCCCUGGCCCACCACAAGGUGCAGAACCUCCUGUGCCUCCAAAGACUGAGACAAAAGGUUCUGAAGACAGGACAAGCCAUGUGGAGACAGAGCAAGACGAGGCCCACAGCAGGACAACCCCAGAUGUACACACGGUAGACAGCAGUGAUGAACAGAAGCAGACAGCAGCUGUAGCUCUCUGUCAGCUGGCAGCCUACAGCCCAGGGAAUGUCCGAGUGGGUGAUGAGGAAAGCCCAGCCCAGGAGUCCACCCAUCGAGAGGUGCCCACCCUCAGUUCUACAGAGAACCAGGAGGCUCAGUGUGACCUCAGACCCAAAGGACAAAAGAGGACAAGUCAAAGGGAUGCAGGAAAAUCCCAACAAGGAACUAAAAAGCCAAAGCUGAACGACACUGUACCGAGAGUGCUCACUCUACGCAAAAGAACCCGGGUAUCCUGAGGCCUCACGUGCGCUUGGUGCUGUGGCUAAAGAGAUGCUUUUCACACCACGUUCCAAGCAGCAGCUUCAACUUUUUUGCUUUUUGGAGAAGGUACCAUUUUGCCAUGUUGCUCAAGCUGAAUUAAACUUGUAGUCUUCCUGCCUCAGCUUCCAAAGUGCUGAGCCAACCAGUAUUUCCACAGUUUACCUUCACUUCUUAUCAAGUCAGUUUUUAUAAAUAUAUUUUUUUCUUUUCUCCUCAAAAAGGACAAAAAACUGUAAUCUUGUUUUUUUUUAACAUUAAGAUAAAUAUUAAAAGGUGUUUCUACUUCUGGUUGUAAAAAAAAAACAAAAACAAAAACAAAAAAAAAAAAACAACUGAAUGGCUUAUGCUCUCCGAGACGGAUGAAUUAAACUGGGGUUUCCUGUUUUGUGACACAUCAGGGAAAUACACAGAACUAUCUCAGCAGUUUGAGUAGACUUCUAGAAAAGACCUUUUACAAGUACUAUUUUUGAGGACUAAAACGUAUACUGUUUUACUGUGUUCCUUUUAAAUAUAGUUAUGUGUUUUGAUGCCAGAAACAUCUUCAGUUUAAACAUCAACUGUUACAUAUAAGAAAUGUUAUGAUUAGUUCUAACUGAACCGUCCACAAAUAUCUAGCGGCCGAUUUUAUGAGUAAUUUAUUUCCACCAGGGAAGUGUACUUCUGGUAAAGGUAUGAUCACUUUAUUCUAUUUGCUUACGAUGUCACAGCAAACUUUCUCACUUAGGCCUGUGUUCCACUCCCUAAAAUGCUGUACAUGUUAAUUUCCCAAUAAACUCAUGUGUGAAUGUUGAGAACACAUAAGGCAAAAAUCAA